AUGGUGAAAGAACCGCAGAAAAAUGACAAGUGUAGCACUUUAAGCGAUAUCUCUGAAUCAUCCAAUGACAAUCAUGCUACACUUGAUGCCAGGAAUGAAACAUUGGAAAGAAAGUCGCUCAGCGUCUCGGGCUCUUUGCAAGAUUUACAGGGAGCUCACCCGAUCAUGUCUUGCGUUCGGAGUCAGGUUCCUGGUCAAGAGAGGCAUAUUGCACUUCCAUUUUUGCAUGUGAAAACCGGUGAUGACAUGAUAGUUGAUUUUGAUGGCCCGGAAGAUCCCUAUCAACCAAUGAACUGGCGCUUUUCGAAGAAACUUGUGACCACUAUUCUCUAUGGGUUUACAGCCAUGGGCGCUCCCUGGGCCAGUUCAAUCUAUUCUACCGGUCAGACGCAAGUCAGCGAGGAAUUUCAUGUUUCGACGGAAGUCUCGACUCUCGGAACUUCACUACUUUUGUUCGGCUUGGGACUGGGUCCUCUAGUCUGGGCGCCCCUCUCGGAAGUCUAUGGGCGAAAGCCAGCUGUUCUUGCACCCUAUUUCCUCGCUGCUGUCUUUUCCUUUGCCACUGCCACAGCCAAAGAUGUACAAACCAUCAUGUUAACCCGCUUCUUUGCCGGUUUCUUUGGAUCCGCCCCUGUGACGAACACAGGUGGAGUCCUUGGUGAUAUUUGGCCCCCCGAGCAGCGUGGGGCGGCAUUGGUUGCAUAUUCCAUAGCAGUCUUUGGCGGACCUGUGUUGGGUCCUAUUGUGGGCGGUGCAAUCUCGGAAAGCUAUCUCGGCUGGCGAUGGACAGAGUAUAUCACCGGUAUUUUGAUGAUGAUUUGCCUUAUCUUGGACCUGGUGUUUAUUGAUGAAACCUACCCACCCAUCCUAUUGACCCGCAAGGCGCGGCGUUUACGCCUCGAAACAGGGAACUGGGCACUUCAUGCCCGCCACGAGGAGUGGAAUGCGAGUUAUAGAGAUUUCGGAAAGAAGUAUCUGAUACGCCCGUUUCAACUUCUAGCAACCCCAAUAUGCUUUUUGGUUGCGCUUUACGCGUCUUUUGUUUACGCUAUUCUAUACCUGAGUCUAGCUGCAUUUCCAAUCGUUUUCCAAGAAAUUCGUGGCUGGAAUCAGGUUGUGGGUGCUCUUCCCUUUAUCUCCUACUUCAUUGGGAUCAUGAUAGGUGCCUUGGUCAAUCUGUCUAAUCAAAAGUUCUACGUGAAACGCAUGAAAGAAAACAACAACCGACCUGUUCCGGAAGCCCGUCUACCGCCAAUGAUGCUAGGAUCUGUUUGCUUUGCAGGAGGGCUGUUCAUGUUUGGUUGGACCAGCCCUGCGCACAUUCAUUGGAUAGCUCCGAAUAUUGGUGCCGUUCUGAUGGGUAUUGGGAUUUUGACUAUCCUUCAACCAGCUUUGAAUUAUCUUAUUGAUACGUUUCACUCGACGGCUGCUAGUGCCGUUGCUGCAAGUACUUUCCUGCGCUCUAUCUUUGCCGGUUCUUUCCCACUGUUCACUGAUGCCAUGUUUCAUAACCUGGGUGUCCCUUGGGCAGCGAGCGUCUUGGGAUUUAUUUCUGUCGCCCUCCUCCCCAUUCCAUACUUGUUCUACAUUUAUGGAAGGAGACUGAGAGCAAGGGGUAAGUAUUCCAAGGAUUCAACCUGA